AUGUCUUCUGUAGUCCUUGUGACUGGAGCUAGCGGCCUCUUGGGCCGUCAGGUCUUCAGCACCUUCCAGCAUUCGGGUGUUCUUGUGGUUGGACAGGGAUACACGCGUGCUGCCCCGCCAACAAUCCUCAAGGCGGAUCUUCAAAAGUCAGAGGAGAUCAAGUCUUUGUUGGACGAUGUCAAAUCUCCAGACCUGUGCGACAAGAACCCGGAGCAGGCGCGUAAGAUCAAUGUCGACGCUACUCGUGCUCUCGCCGAAGAAUGCCAGACCCGUGGCGCGUUCCUCAUUUACAUCUCAACCGACUACGUCUUCCCCGGAAAGGAGGGCGACGCCCCCUAUGAGGCCGAUGCGAAGACCGAACCGCCUAACUUGUACGGCGAGCUCAAGCGCGAUGGUGAAUUGGCAGUGCUCGAGGCGACUCGUGAGAGCGGAUUGGGUGUUGUGUUGCGAGUUCCCGUGCUGUACGGGUCGGCCAAGCAGAACUCGGAGAGUGCAGUCAAUUGUCUCGUGGAUGCCGUCAUGAAAGCGCAGGAUGCAAAUGCCGGAGUCAAGAUGGACGACUGGGCGCUGCGGUACCCCACCAACACCGAAGACGUGGGCCGCGUGUGCCGUGACAUCGUGAUCAAGUACUUGAAAGAGAAGAAGCACCUGAAGGAGAUGCCAAAGAUUCUGCAAUUCAGCUCCGAGGACCGCAUGACCAAGUAUGAGAUCUGUGAGAAGCUGGCGCAGGUGCUUUCCGUGCCUUUGCCCGGUAUGAUUCGCAACAAGGAGGGGAAUGAUCCCAAUGCCAGUGUGCAGCGGCCCUAUGAUACGCACCUCUCCACAAAGGUGCUCAAGGACCUAGGCAUCGAUGUGCGAACCAUGGACUUCGUGGCCUGGUGGUAA